AUGGACUUCGCUCCUUAUCAAUCCUCUCCGCCGGAACACUCACGGGUAACUUCGCCUGACUAUACCUCGCCGCGACCUUCAUACGAUGCUCGACGAUCAUUCUCUCCUGUCGCUUCUCCUCCCCCGCUCCAGCAUCCACAACCUCAGCGAGGAUGGGGCGGUUUUGAUGGCCAGUCAACUGGUUGGGCGGCGAUAAGUCCUGACAGUCGAGCUUUUGGGGCGUCGAGUACAAUGCCUGGUGGGUUUCCUGCUGCCGAAGUUAGCGAGUUCGAUACAAGUCUUGGCAUGCGGUUAGAUUAUGAGGCAUGUCUAGCAUAUGUCGCAUUCCCACCUCUGGGAGCGAUUAUACUUCUUAUCCUGGAGAGAAAUAGUGACUAUGUGAGGUUUCAUGCAUGGCAAUCAUCAUUGCUUUUCACAGCAAUCAUGGUCUUUCAUCUCCUUUUUUCAUGGUCAACAUUCCUUAGCUGGUUUUUCUUCCUUUGCGACGUUGCCCUAAUUGCAGUUCUUACACUGAGGGCCUAUAAAGAUGCCGAAAUACUCGACAGGUUUGAGGUGCCCUUCUUCGGUGCAUUAGCCAGUCGGUUUCUUGAUGAUGAAUGA